UCAGAGGUUGCUGCCGAAUCUCUUAAUGCAGGGCUACGGAGGUCAAUCUGUAGAAGAGAAGCAGAAGCUCUUUAAACUUUUCAGGAAUUUGAACUUUAACGGAGAGUCUGCCUCAGAGCCAUAUACUCCAACUUCCCAAAGUUUUGGACCUUCUGGUGCAGCGGAUGGCUUUUACUCGCCCGACCUAAGAGGGGAAUUUGGGGCUGGGCUUCUUGAUCUUCAUGCUGUGGAUGAUACUGAACUUCUCUCUGAGCAUGUCAUGACAGAACCAUUUGAACCAUCACCUUUCAUGCCUACUAGAGAUUUUGAUGACGACUUUGACGCAAUGUCCAGCAGGCAACAAGGUCAUAUAGAUGGCAGUGUCAAAUUACCAACCAAUGACAAAGAGACUAAUGUAAAAGAGAGCAAUGUGGCUAAGAUAAAAGUUGUGGUGCGCAAAAGGCCUUUAAAUAAGAAGGAGAUGUCUCGUAAAGAGGACGAUAUUGUAACUGUACAUGAUACUGCAUGUUUAACAGUGUAUGAGCCUAAGUUAAAGGUGGACUUGACUGCAUAUGUGGAGAAGCAUGAGUUUUGUUUUGAUGCUAUUUUGGACGAGUAUGUUACAAAUGAUGAGGUAUAUCGUCAGACUGUACAGCCCAUUAUUCCAACUAUAUUUCAGAGAACAAAAGCCACAUGUUUUGCAUAUGGACAGACAGGUAGUGGAAAGACAUAUACAAUGCAACCCUUACCUCUCAGAGCUGUUGAAGACAUUGUCCGAUUGUUACAUCAGCCAGUCUACCAUGAUCAGAAAUUCAAAUUGUGGCUUAGUUUUUUUGAGAUUUAUGGUGGAAAACUUUUUGACCUUCUUAGUGAUAGAAGGAAGCUCUGUAUGAGGGAAGACGGCAGACAACAAGUCUGUAUUGUUGGAUUGCAAGAAUUUGAGGUAUCAGAUGUGCAGGUGGUCAAAGAAUAUAUCGAGAGAGGAAAUUCAGCACGAAGUACAGGUUCCACUGGAGCCAAUGAAGAGUCAUCCAGAUCACAUGCUAUUUUGCAACUUGCCAUCAAGAAGCAAAAAGAGGUGAAAGACACUAGAAGGAAGAAUAAUAACGAUAAUGAUUUGAAAGGUGGCAAGUUAAUUGGGAAGAUAUCUUUCAUUGACCUUGCUGGAAGUGAGCGUGGCGCUGAUACAACUGAUAACGAUCGUCAAACACGGAUUGAAGGAGCUGAGAUAAACAAGAGUCUUUUGGCCCUUAAGGAGUGUAUCCGUGCAUUAGACAAUGAUCAGAUACAUAUCCCAUUUCGAGGGAGCAAACUGACAGAGGUGCUUCGUGACUCUUUUGUCGGCAAUUCAAGGACUGUUAUGAUAUCUUGCAUAUCUCCCAGUGCAGGCUCUUGUGAACAUACACUUAAUACCUUGAGAUAUGCCGAUAGGGUUAAGAGUCUUUCCAAGAGUGGAAACUCCAAGAAAGACCAGGCCGCUGGUUCAUUUCCUCCACCCAAGGAACCGUCCAUUUCCUUCUUUCUGCCCUGAACAGACGACCUUAUUAACAAAACCACCAUGGUGAAACCAGUAGAUAUUGCCAGAAGAAAUAACGAGAAUUUUUCUUACAGUUCUUCAUUGGAGACGGAUAGAAACAAUAACACCUAUAAUGGAAAGGAAGAACCUGCGCCUACAUUUAGUGCAGUUGAAAGGGAAAGGGUUGACAUGAAAAACAAUUAUAGUAUUCCAUCUAGUCAUAAAUCAUAUUCCUCUGCUCGGAAUGCAUUCAACAACCAAGAUGAAGAAAAAGUACCCAAGGUAUCCCCACCUCGUAGAAAAGUUCCGAGAGAAGAAAAACCUGAAAGACAAAGUUGGGCACGGAAAGACAGUGGGUCUGAAUUGCCGACCACAAGUCAUAAAAAUCAACAAAGUUAUGAACCUGCUUUGAACAUCACGUCAAGGCAAUAUGAGCAGGAGGCUCCAUGCAAUGAUAAUGAAAUCAAUGCCAUACUAGAGGAAGAAGAAGCAUUAAUAUCAGCUCAUAGAAAAGAAAUUGAAAAUACGAUGGAGAUAGUACGAGAGGAGAUGAAUUUGUUGGCAGAGGUGGAUCAACCGGGCAGCCUCAUCGAUAACUAUGUGACUCAGCUAAGUUUCCUACUCUCAAGAAAGGCUGCAGGACUCGUCAGCCUCCAAGCACGAUUAGCAAGAUUUCAGCAUCGCCUCAAGGAGCAAGAGAUUCUUAGCCGAAAGAAAGCCCCCCGAUAGUUCUCUUUCUUUUGGUUUCAGUUUGUUCUAUUUAUGGGGUUUAUGUGCUUUCCCAAGUGUUGUUUGGCCUUCUUCAACUUUGUGGUCCCUUGUAUCAUUGUAGUUGUAUGAUCUUGAAGGCUUUCAUCCAUUGAAUGUGCAAUUGGAGAUCCCUUCAUUGAAUGGUCGCUUGAGAUAUUCUCUUCACCCUCCAAUUUGCACGAAGGUGAUUGGGUGGGAGCUAAAAGUUUGAUAGCAUAGUAGAUGAUACAAAAUUAAUUUGAAAAAAAAUGUGUAAUAAAACAUAUAUCAUGUUAUUAUCUCAGUUUUACCCCGUAUAUUACUCUCUUAUUUACUAC